AUGGGUAAGAAAGCCAGCUUUGAGCGUGCACACCAGCGUCAGGUGCAGCACACGCGCGAGCAGCGCAAGCGAAGGGUUGCUGCGGCCAGAGCGUUGCGACGUGGCGAAGACACCAGUGGGCGACUCAUCCAGCGCACUGCGCUGCCGAAGGACCAGUUGACGGAGGAAAAGAAGGCGAUGCUCGUGGGACAGUUCGCUCAGUCAUGUCGGCUUCCCGCCGCUUCUGAGGAUCUGUGCGUGCUGCUGCGUUCGGCGGGUCCGGAACGACCCCAAGGUGAAGCUCCCCGCAAGCGACGAAGAGAGGAAGCCACGAUAGAUGCAUCCACGCUGGGCACCAUUGUGGAUGCCUUUCUGCAACUGGACCAUCAGGCCGCCAUCACGACGGAUGACGCGGAUGAAGAGGAGCCCAUGACUCUACUUGAGGAUGUUCUCCAAGAUGAGUGUGGCGGCCGUGUGGUGUGUGCCUUGAUCGCCGCCCUGGAUACUUCUGACGAUGGCAAGACGCCGGUGGUGCUAGACGUUGUCACUAAAUUAUUCGAGGAAAAUGAGGCACUCUAUGGACACUAUGUCGCCUGUAAAGUGCUGAGUUCCUUGGUUCAACACGGCGACCGUGAAAUACAAGGACGCGUUCUCCAGGUGUUGCGGCGGCACGCCAAAACGGUGGAUCAGUUGCAGGCGCAACUCCGCAACCGCCACUCGGCCGUAACGAUCCAACACCUCAUUGAGCAUUUCCCCAUUGAGACGGUGGCGUGGCUGGGAGAAACCCUCGGGCUUGCGGAGAUUGCGGCUGGGAACACGAAGAAGAAGAAGCAGAAACCGACUCGUCGUGACGCGGCGAACCAGCACGAAAUUCUGCUCUCGUUAAUCCUGGACCCAGUGGCUUCGCCAGUUAUGCGAGCCCUCAUCCUUUGCUCUGCCCACUCUUCUGCCUUAUUGGGGCAUAUGAACCUUGUGGCGCUUCUCGAGAAUAAGCGGGGUUGCAAGUUUUUGCAUGAUAUUUUGUCUCCCGAGUUGCCAAAGUGGGCAUCAGAGGCGGAGGCCAAUGCAACCUUAGAUGUCGUUCUGAAGUCCUUUGAGCCCGAACUACUUGGGAUGUGCACCUCCGCGGAUGCUAACUUUGUUGCGCAGGCCAUCAUUGGUCUUAUCCCUCGUACUGGCACGGCGUCGAUGGAGGGAUACUUUAAACGCAUUUUAAAGGUGCUGGGACCACAUCUUUCUUCCCUGGCAACCCAUCAUAUUGGUGUGCACGUGGUAGUGGCACUUGUCGUGGCGUCACUUGCGACGACUCCUUUGAAGGAGAUUGUAGAGGAAAUUGCGGGAGCGCUACUAACGCAAGAUAAUGUGACGGGUAUGCUCUGUGACUCCAAUGGUAGUCUGGUUGUACGGAAGCUUCUGCCAUUGUGUGAAGUAAAAGGAUCUAAGGCGGGACAGCUGCUGCUUAAAGCCCUUGUUCGUGAUAUGGACACUUUGAUGUAUGACGCCAUUGGAAAUUUAACACUGCAGGAGUAUAUUAAGAUUUGUGGUGGUGAGGAACUUGCUCGAAAGCUGUGCAAGAGUGAUGAGCUUCUGCGUGUGUGUCAGCAUACGUACGCUUCCCAUGUUGUAGGGUGCCUUUUUGAGCGCGUGGGAGCGACGACGCAUACACAGCUCUGUCACGCGCUUCGCCCGCAUGUUGUGACGCUGUCAAAACAUUUGAAUGGACGUUUUGUCGUUGAAAAGGCGAUUCCUGCAAAUCGUGAAAUUUGCGAUCUGCUCCUUCGCCACUUUAUGGAACUAGCAUGUGAGAAGGGGACGCAGCACGUGUUGUGUACUUUGAUGCUGAACUUGGAUCAGCGCGGCAAGCGGCGGGUGGUGAGUAUGAUUCUCUCGGGUCUCUCGGACCUUGCCAUGCAGCAGUGUGGCUCAAUUGUUCUGCAAAAACUGAUGUUGGCUGAUGCGCCACUGCUCGAUGCUGUAAAGAUGGAGUUGGCGCAGAAGCCGCGUCUGCGCAAUAAUCUCGCUCAGAACUUUUUUGGCAAGUUUGUGGUGCAAAUAAGUGAUGCCGCGGGGGAACAGGCUGCCGCGCUUCCCCUGGAGGCUUAA